AUGUGCCGGGCUCUCAUGUGCUUCUCCUUCCAGGGCUACCCCGGACCCAAAGGAGAGAUGGGCCUGGCGGGUCCCCGAGGACAGCCGGGGCCCCAAGGAGAAAAAGGAGAAAAGGGUCAGUGUGGAGAGUACCCGCACCGGCUGCUGCCUCUCCUCAAUUCAGUGCGACUGGCUCCACCCCCAGUCAUUAAAAGGCGGACCUUCCAGGGUGAACAGGGCCAGGCCGGCAUCCAAGGCCCACCAGGGCCUCCAGGCCCCCCUGGACCAAGUGGACCUCUGGGGCAUCCAGGACUGCCAGGGCCCAUGGGGCCACCUGGCUUUCCUGGGCCUCCUGGACCGAAGGGAGACCCAGGGAUCCAGGGCUACCAUGGCCGGAAGGGAGAACGGGGCAUGCCGGGGAUGCCAGGCAAACACGGAGUGAAGGGGGCUCCUGGCAUCGCCGUGGCGGGGAUGAAGGGAGAACCGGGAACCCCAGGAGCCAAGGGUGAGAAGGGCGCCGCGGGCCUUGGCCUCCUGGGGCAGAAGGGAGAGAAAGGCGAUUCUGGCAACUCCAUUGGAGGAGGCAGAGGGGAGUCCGGCCCCCCAGGGCUCCCCGGGCCCCCAGGGCCAAAGGGAGAAGCUGGUGUCCAUGGCCAGGCCGGCCCCCCCGGAAAGCAGGGGGACAAGGGGGACCCUGGAGCGCCUGGAGAACAGGGACCAGCUGGCCCCAAGGGCUCCAAGGGAGAGCCAGGGAAAGGAGAGGCGGUGGAGUGCAACUCCAGCAUCAACGAGGCGCUCCAGGGGCCCCCUGGUCUUCCCGGGCAGAUCGGCCCACCUGGAGCUCCAGGGAUCCCAGGCCAGAAGGGGGAGAUUGGACUGCCAGGCCCUCCAGGCCACGAUGGAGAAAAGGGACCUCGAGGCAAACCAGGAGACAUGGGCCCUCCUGGUCCCCAAGGCCCCCCAGGAAAGCCUGGGCCUGCAGGAAUAAGGGGAGAAGACGGACAUCCGGGGAGCCCGGGAGAGAAAGGCGAGAAAGGGGAGACGGGGCAGGCAGGCUCACCGGGUCUAGAUGGCCCAACUGGGGAGAAAGGAGAACCAGGUGGCCCAGGGAGACCCGGAACGACAGGAUUGCCUGGCCCCAUCGGGCUCCCGGGAUUUACAGGGGAGAAAGGAGAACCUGGGGAAAAGGGUGACCCAGGAGUAGAGGUUCCUGGGCCACCGGGGCCAGAGGGGCCUCCCGGGCCUCCGGGGCUCCAAGGCAUUCCUGGACCAAAGGGGGAAGCAGGACUCGAUGGGGCAAAAGGAGAGCCGGGUGUCCAGGGAGAAAAAGGAGACCGAGGCCCCCUGGGGUUGCCCGGAGCUUCAGGUUUGGACGGCAGACCUGGGCCACCGGGCACUCCAGGACCAAUUGGAGUUCCAGGCCCAGCCGGACCAAAGGGUGAGAGGGGCAGCAAAGGCGACCCUGGGAUGACAGGACCAACGGGAGCAGCUGGGCUUCCGGGUUUACAUGGACCACCCGGGGACAAAGGAAACCGGGGACACCGAGGUUUUAAAGGAGAGAAAGGGGAACCGGGGUUACCAGGGCUGGACGGACUGGAUGCCCCGUGCCCAUUGGGCGAAGAUGGCUUACCAGUCCAGGGCUGCUGGAACAAGUGAUGCCUCUAACCUGGGAUUGGCCUGUGUGUGUGUCUGUACAUAGAAUAUUUAUUUUUAUACAGUUUUUACUUUUGGAAAGUGCCCGAAGUAUGAUGCAUCUUACAGAUUAUUAAAAAAAAAAAGUAAAAACCUGCAUAUUUUGUACAGAAAAUACCAACCUCUCCUCUUUUGUUUACAAGAUGUUUUAUACAAAAGUCUAUGACUCUAAUACACUUUCUGAGAUGGUCACAUGUUUGCAUGAUAUUUGUGCACACUUAUUAAGUAUGGAAACUUAAUAAAUUACUGUGUUCUGCUGCCAAAGGGAGCCAACCAGCACGAAGGUGCUGGCUAGCCCAUGUGUGAACCCACACAAACAUGAAGG